AGAUCGAAUCACACCCUUUCGCUGAAAAAAUGCAACGGACUGGGCGCCACCUAUCUCAGCCUCAAUUCAAUAUAUACAUCCUUAUUCCUCAAUCUAGUUGUGUGCUAAUUUUUAGCUGAGGGUCAUCCAUCAGAAGAAGGUGCCUCCGUUUCUGCGAUAAGCUUAGGCCUUUUCUUCCUCUCUCUUUUUCUGAAUUUAAUCAGUUCAAGAUCAAUCAUGGUGGUGAUUACUGAAGAGCCUCUGUUGAUGGAUAAUCCCCAGAGGUUUUGUAUGUUCCCAAUCAAGUACCCUCAAGUUUGGGAAAUGUACAAGAAGGCGCAGGCUAGUUUUUGGACUGCGGAGGAAAUUGAUCUGUCACAGGAUGUUUACCACUGGGAGAGGCUGACCUAUGAUGAGAAGCAUUUCGUUAGUCAUGUUUUGGCAUUUUUUGCUGCUUCUGAUGGGAUUGUCUUGGAAAAUUUGGCUGGCCGAUUCAUGAAAGAAGUUCAACUUCCCGAGGCACGUGCUUUUUAUGGUUUUCAAAUUGCAAUUGAGAAUAUUCAUUCAGAAACAUAUAGUCUCUUAUUAGAGACUUACAUCAAGGACUCUGAGCAGAAGGCCCAUUUGUUCAAUGCUAUUGAAACUGUUCCUUGUGUGACAAAGAAAGCUGAUUGGGCUCUUCGUUGGAUUGAAAGCUCUGAUAGUUUUGCUGAAAGGAUUCUUGCAUUUGCAUGUGUAGAGGGCAUAUUUUUUAGUGGCAGCUUUUGUUCAAUAUUCUGGUUGAAGAAAAGGGGACUGAUGCCAGGCCUAACAUUCUCAAAUGAGCUCAUUUCACGAGAUGAGGGUCUUCAUUGUGAUUUUGCUUGUUUGCUCUAUAGCUUGUUGAAAUGCAAGUUGAGUGAGGAUAGGGUGAGGGGGAUAGUUUGUGAUGCUGUAGACAUUGAAAAGGAAUUUGUUUGUGAUGCUCUACCAUGUGAUCUGGUGGGAAUGAAUGCCAAACUCAUGAGUCAAUAUAUUGAAUUUGUUGCUGACAGGUUGUUGAUUUCACUGGGGUAUGCUAAAGUUUACAAUGUUCAGAAUCCAUUUGAUUGGAUGGAAUUGAUAUCUCUUCAAGGAAAGACAAAUUUCUUUGAGAAAAGGGUUGGAGAAUAUCAAAAGGCUAAUGUAAUGUCUAGUUUGAACAACAGCGAGGGACAUCAUGUAUUUAGGUUGGAUGAAGACUUUUAAAACAGGGGAUUGCUGUUCCAAGUGAAUUGAAUUCUGGUUGAGGAUCUUAAAUUCUUUGAUUGUAUAAAGGCAUCAAAUCAAUGCUUCAGUGUAUUCUUCUUGGUGAUGGAUCUAUAUUUCUUUCUUAGGAGGUGUGUGAGAUGGAUGAAGACUUUUAAGACAGAAGAUCAACAUACCAAGUGAACAAAAUUCUAGUUGAGAAUCAUAAAUCCCUUGAUUGUAUUGAAGCAUUGAAUCAAUGCUUGAUCAUAUUCCUUCCUGGUGAUCAAUCCGUAUUUCUUGCUUAGGAGGUGUGUGUGAGAUGGGCAUUUUAUAAUUGCAGAAAAUUUGCUGUUUCAAUCAAUCAAUGUAAAUUGUGUCUUUCUA